CCGUACGCAUUGCCCUCUCGUCUGCCUGGUCUACCUCAUUAACUUUCCCACCCGUCGCAUGCUGAUACUGGCAAGCAUUCCGCCAAAGCCUUCGUCUCGUACCCAUUGCCUAAGACUUAGCGCGACGCUUUGCGAACGUAAGUUCCAAUGGCGACGCCAGCUGUAGUGAUCCAACAAACGAAUGGGAUGCAAUCUGAUAUAUUCCUCUUUCUGGUUUCCAUUGCUGCUGGCGUGUACUUGUGGAUGUCGAUGAAGACCAGGCAAUCCUCAACCUCGCGACUACAGGCCAAAGCUGUACAGAAGCGCUCCACUAGUACAUUGCCGCCAGAGGCAGAGAAGAACCGUGUUCGACCGCCCUUUGGCGUUCUCUACCCUAGGCCGACCGAUCCUACGAAUGACGAUGCUGAGGUUGACAUCAUCGCCGUGCACGGCCUCGGUUCAAAUGUCGACUGGUCCUGGACUUGGAAGGGUGGCGGAGAGCGCAUCGACUGGCUUCAAGACUCCGACAUGCUGCCCGCUAAGGUACCCAAGUCGCGGAUCAUGGUGUAUAACUACGAGUCGCGGUGGCAUGUGGACGCCCCAAAAACGCGCCUUCAGCUCUGCGGCGAGGAGUUCAUACACGCUUUGCACUCAUUCCGCCGCGGCACCUCCAAGCGUCCAAUCGUCUUCGUCGGCCAUAGCCUAGGUGGUAACGUCAUCGUCCAUGCCCUACUAUAUGCUAGCGACAGGGUAGAGUAUAGGUACUUGUCAGAGGCGACGGCAGGCGUUGUGCUGUUAGGCUCACCUCUUCGGGGCACGAAGUGGCAACCCUUCCUCGAUUCUCUCGCGCAGCUGAUGGGAUCGGCAGGCUCGCACCGCGGUAUCACCAGAGAACUCGGCUUCGACGGGCCUGAGCUGCAGGAUAGACUGCAUCGCUUCUGCCGGCUUCGAAACACUCUGUCAACGCCCGUCUCCUGUUUCUUCGAACUCUUCGAAACGGAUUAUGGGAGCAAGUUUGGACUGAGCAGAGUGGCGAGGGGAAUGAUCGUGGAAGAGGCAUCAGCUUGCAUCCCAGGCCUCGACCGAUACGCCCUUCAAGCGGAUCACUUGAAGAUCAAUAAGUACCGCGGCCCAACAGACCGCGGAUUCCUGAGCGUAUCAGCGGUAAUCGUCGACAUGUGCGCCAAUGCGAACGACGUCGUCACGCGUCGGCAAGAUCCAAGGGAUGUUAUUACUGACAAUUCUUACGCACUGAAGCAGAAGCCCGACGCCGGUGCCUGUCUACGUGACCUAUUCUUGACCGACCCGCUAGACGACAGAAAGGCGCUGAAACGCAAGAAGGGAGAUCGUGCUUCCGGCACCUGCGAGUGGAUCCUCGGCACCGAAGAGCUUACCACCUGGCUUGGUUCCGAUCGGAUAGGCCGCUCGGAGGGCCCCUCGACCCAGGUUCUUUGGCUACAUGGGUACCCGGGAACAGGGAAAUCUACUACAGCUAUCUUCCUUACUGAGGAGCUGUCGAAAGCAUUUGCUACUACAGAUCGGAAAACGUUAGCAUACUUUUUCUGCGACUCUGGGUUCGACACGCGAAAAACGGCCACGUCAAUCAUUAGGGGGCUUCUCCUCCAACUCGUCCAGCAGCACCCACAGCUUCUCGAUCAUGUUUUACCAAAGUAUAACGAGCGUGGAGUGGCGUUGUUCACCUCAUUCGACGCUCUUUGGACCAUCUUUAUGAAUGUGGCGGCGGACAAACACACCGGCGCAAAAUACUGCGUUAUUGAUGCGCUGGAUGAAUGCGAUCGGGAAUCUCAAGUCACCCUGUUGCAACAGCUCAAAGAAACGUUUCAGAGCCAGCAUGUGCCUCCCAACGUCUGUAUACUGGUGACCAGUCGGCCGUAUCCCGAGAUACGCCAACAUAUGGGAGGAUUUGCCAACAAGAACUUAGCUUCCUACCCCGAGGCAAAGCAAGACAUUGAACGAUGCAUCGAGGAAAGAACGACAGACCUGGCCACAACCAGAUACUACACCGAUAAAGUCCGCACACAGGUCAGCAACAUUUUGACAGAGAAAGCUGACGGUACUUUCCUCUGGGUUGGCUUAGCCUGUAAGGAGCUUGAGGAUGUCCCUUCAAAGGAUGCCGUCCGAGUCCUGGAAAGUAUACCCAGAGGACUUACCUACCUUUACAAACGGCUUCUUGACACAGCUCUAGAACAGAACACCGGAGCCGACGGACUUUGGCGUAUCCUGAACUGUGUUGCAGUGUGUGUACGGCCACUGAGUGUACUAGAGCUCUCUGAAGUUUGCGAACUCCACUUGGACGAGGACGACGAGCAGACCCGGAUUCAAUUCACCCGAGAUCAAAUUGAAUCCUGUCGGCUUAUGGUGGUCAUUCAAGAAGAAAAGGUACUUUUACUACAUCAGUCGGUGAAGGACUUUCUGACUGGGCCCGAAGCCGGCCAUUUCAUCAACGAGCUUAAGGCACACGCUGAUCUUGCUUACCGCUGCGUGGAUCUGAUCAAGGAGUCAUAUGAUGUAAAAGGUGCGAGUAGUCCCCUCUGUGGCUACGCAAUUGAACAAUGGCCGAAUCAUGGACGCAUGGCAAAGUCAGAAUUUGGUGUCAAAGAACCACAGGCAGGCUUCUUCAAGGUUAAAUCCAACUGUCUUCAAAAUUGGCUCAAAGAAUAUUCUGCACGUUUUCCCUAUGAAGAGAUCGCAACACAAACUUCAGUUCUACACAUGGCUGCAAAGUGGGGUAUUCCUGCUCUAGCGGAAUAUGUCUUUCGGUCAGAACAGGAAGGCUUUGGUGCAGAAAGGAUUUUGGAACUGGUUAAUCAAAAGGAUGCUAACGACAAGACACCAAUGGAGGAAGCUGCUGAAUCAAGGUAUCUAGGGGUUAUUCCUCUACUUCUAGAUUUUGGAGGGAAAGUAUCGACGGAAGCAUUAGUGGCCGCGGCAAGAAACGAAUGGAACGGCAGCGAAGUCAUGACACUGCUUCUCGAUCGACGAGGCGACCAGAUCGCCAUCACAGAGGAGGUAGUCAAGGCUGCAGCAGGGAAUGGACGUAAUAGCAGCGAAGUCAUGAGACUACUCCUCGAUCGGCGAGGCGACCAGAUCGCCAUCACUGAGGAGGUAGUAUCUACUAUCGCUAGAGAGUUCGACAAGGAAGUCAUGACACUACUUCUGACCGGCAAGGCGACCAGAUCACCAUCACCGAGGAGGUAGUCAAGGCCGCAGCAGGAAAUAGACGUAAUGGCAAGGAAGUCAUGACGCUACUUCUCGAUCGGCGAGGCGACCAGAUCACCAUCACCGAGGAGGUA